AAAUAUAAACUAAAGUGUAGAAGAGUGAUACAAAUUUCCCCUAGUAAUAAAACUCUGGAUAACGUUCAUUUCUUGGAGAUGAGUACGUGUCUUCAUCCAGGUCUUGCUCUUUGAGGCCAUUCUUGCUAAAAUAUCUCCAGCAGAUACUUUCUACUAAUACCAAUCCACCAGAAGAUUACACAUUAAUGCUGGAAAUCAGAAAAACUCAUCAACUUACUUUUGCAGGAGAGAGAGAGCGCGCUCGACCUGAUCAGCCCUAACCAUCUUCCGCCAUCUUUAUCUCUCUCCUUUUCUCUCUCACGCGCCUCGUCAUAGGCAGUGAAAUUUCCUGGUAAGGACAAAGCCCACUGCCACUAGCCCUUUUUCUUUUCUUUUUCUUCUUCUUCUUCAGGAGAGAAGAUCGAGGGAGUGAAAAAUGGGAAGAGCAAAACCGCAGAUAAAAAAGAUAGAGAACACAACCAAAAGGCAGAUCCCUUUUCCCAAAAGAAGGAAUGGAAUCCUCAAGAAAGCUUAUGAACUUUCUAUUCUCUGCGACGUUGAUGUUGCUUUCAUCGCGUUCUCCACCUCAGGGAAGGCCACCAUCUUCGCCGGGAACAAAAGGGUUGAAGAAGUUCUAUUGAGGUAUCUCAGUCUCCCAGAGCACGAGACAGGAGGCCAUCACGUGCAUCUCCAGAAAACCCUUGAACAUAUGAUGGAUCAUGAAAAUGAUCUAGCUCCUCGAGUAAAGGAUUUUGAGCGUGAAAUCCAUAAAGUGAAAGUUCUAUUGGAGAUUGCAAAGACAAAACUGAGUAUGUAUGAAGUUGAUCGUGAUCGAAUCAAUUCCUUGCAUGAGGUUGAUUACCAUGAGCAGAUAUUACAAGCAGCCCUGAACCGGGUUAGAGCUCGCCAGUUUGUUUUGCAAGGGCAGUAUACCUCGCCUGGUGUUCAGCCAAGUGGACAAGUUUAUGUGCAGGCACAUGAUGUGAAUGAGAAGGUAGUAAUGGCUCCUGAGAAUCGAAACCAUGUCCUGAAUUGGUCAUUUCCCCCAACAGACCCACAGCUUCAGAUCUUCAAUCCUCCCUUGAGGGAUCAGACGCCACAGGCAUCAUCUACAUUCUGUGCACCACCCUCUGCACUUUUUUAUGGGAAUUAUGGCCAAUUUGCGAAUCAAGUGAACCCAAGUAUUGGGUCUGAGGGUGGUGGUGGGGCGAGCCAUCAAGAGGCUGGACAAGGACAUAUCACCAUGCCUGGCUGGGUUGAAUAUCAUGCAACUGGGAAAGGCAACUUCCAGGCAUGAUGAUGAGUUGAAGAACAAAACAGUAACAAGGGUUAUAUCCCAUUUACCUUCUAUCUCUUGGUGUUAAUUAGAAAUUUUAAGUGUUGGAUAGUUUUGCAUAUGUUUUAGUUUGAUUGAUUUAUAUAUGUACCCCUCUUUAAGCCUGGUAACAUGGGUUUCUCAUGCCAUUUAAGCCUAGUACCAUGGUUUUAGGUAUCGGGAUCGUAUCAGUUGAUACAGUCAAUACAUCCAUAUCGGUAUUGGCUAAUAAAUUGGUUGUGACGAGUUUGGAUCACCCAACAUGUUUAUACUUGUGAAUGGAAGGGUAUUUAUGAAAUUAAAAAGA